CAAAAAGUUCCUUUGUCAUUCAUUCCUUCUCACCUUUCUUUUUCUUCCUACCCUUGUAAAGUACACGUUGAGAAGUUUGGGGAGAAAAUCCAAUGUGGCAAAGGCGGAUAAGAAGAUCUUCUUUGAGAGAAUCUAUCAAAGCCCUUGAAGUUGAUAUUCAUCAUGCCAACAACUUGAUGGCUGGUCUUCCAAGAGAGAUAGCUGGAGAUUGUGUACAAAUAAAGUUAUCUCUAAGCCCAUUAGCUCCAUUUUUGGUAUAUCUGUUAGAAUGGAUGGAUUGCAGCUGUUUGGAUGCCUUUCUCAGUUUUCUUGGAGUUUUUAACAUCCUUGUCUACAAGGUAUAUGUUGAUGGAAUGCCGAUAGCACGCCCAGAAGAAAGGAAAGCUACUCUUCGAGAAUUCUAUUGCAUUAUAUAUCCAAUGCUGAAGCAAAUUGAAGGGAAUAUGAUAGAGUUGAUGGAAGACAAGCUUAAAAACUGUGAUUCUGAGCAUAACAAAAUGGUUUGUAGAGAUUCAGACACAGAAGACGAAUGUGGAAUAUGUAUGGAAAUGGACACCAAAGUGGCAUUACCAAUUUGUGGCCACUCUAUGUGCAUUACCUGUUUCAAUGAAUGGUAUGUUAGAUCUCGGUCGUGCCCUUUUUGUCGAGGCAGCCUAAAACGGGUGAGUUCAUCGGAUUUAUGGGUUUUGACUAGCAACUCGGAUGUGGUGGAUGCUUUUACUCUUGCUAAAGACAAUCUAACACGACUUUACUCAUACAUCGACAAGCUGCCGCUUUUAGUAUCAGACGAUAGCUUGUUGAUAUACAAUUAUUAUCUUGUUUGAGUUGUGUCGAUUAAGAUUGCCGAAAACCUCAUGUAUAUAAUGUAAAUUAAGCAGCAUCAAUGUUAUAAAUAUAAAUAUAAACUUUAUGUUAAACUGCUGAGGGAACUGCAAACGUGGUCCCAUGAAGG